AUGACACAACCAGUUACAAUUGGUGAUAUCGUUGAAAACUGGACACCACGUCCUCAUCCUCUUUCUAAUCCACAACACCACAUACUUCUAGGUAAAUAUUGUCGACUUGAGUCACGAGUUGCAGCAUUGAGAUUUGGUUUUCAAUAUGAAGGUACAUGGAUGAAAGCAGAAUUUAGUAAAGAACGAUCAAGAGAUACUGCAUGGUUUAGCAUAGUUGAUGAUGAAUGGCCACAAGUAAAGGAUGAAUUUCAACGAUGGUUAAAUGCAGAGAACUUCGGUGUCAAUGGUCAACAAUUGACUAAAUUAAAUGACGCGAAAGUUAAUUCGCGUCACCACAAAAUUACAGACAGUAGUUAA